AUGUCCGUGACCUUCCUCGCGACAGAGACGACUGCUCAUUGGAGUUGCCCAAGACCUUCCAGAUCGACCGCAUUCCACCUGGCAACGAGAAUCACUGCGUACACCAAAUUUCAACUCUCCAAGACCCCAGUGCGACGUUGCGUCGGCGUGAAGCAAGGGCCCCCAUUGUCAACGCUUCUAAUCAACGCAGUCAAGCUCACAUCGUCUUCCGCUGCCGCUUUCAGCGUUUCUACGUCACGGUUUGUCAUACCUCCGCAUCUCGCCGUCGGCCGCCUCGCCGUCGGCCGCCUCACCGUCGGCCGCCUCACCGUCGGCCGCCUCGCCGUCGGCCGCUUUGCUGUCGGCCGCCUCGUCGUCGGCAUCUCGCCGUCAGCUUUCAGCGUUUCUACGUCACGGUUUGUCAUACCUCCGGUGCGGCUGGGGCAUCAACCUGUGCGCCCCAGUGGCACCGAGCGGGCGUUGUUGAUGAUGGACCCGGCUGAGGUGGGUGCGGAUGGGCUUGGGGUUUUGGUGCAUGGGGUGUGGCUAGCGGCGGCGGCGGCGGCGGCGGCAUAUAGCCGCAACUAUCAACUGCUGUAA